AAGACGAAGAAGAAGAGGAGGAAGAAGAAGAAGAAAAGGAAGAGAAAGAAGAAGCGCGGAGGUGGAUGUAAACAAAGAUGUUGUAUUGUCUGCAGGAUGCUCCGCUGAGCAGAGAACUCAGUGUCCGUCUGAUGAGGAGAUGAACCACGUUUAUCAGCAGGAAAACACAGACUGAAGGUGACACACGGCCGGAUCCAGACUCACCUCCAACCGGUCUGAUCCAGUCUGUCCCGGUCUGAUCUGGUCUGGUCUGAGGAGCAGCAGUGAUGGCGGGUCGUGGUCGAGGUCGGAGGACGAUGAGUUUCAGUGUGGAUGCUGUCGGCAUCAGCAGAGGAGACAGUUUACCUCCAUCCAUGCAGCAGCCGACACCUGCCUUCCCUGUGAUGGAGCAGAAGCCCCUCCCCCUGGCAGUUGGGGAGGAGGCGGAGUAUCUGUUAGCUCUCAAACAGGAGUUCAGAGGAGCCAUGAAGAGUCUGCCCUGCUUCAUCCAACCAGUUGCUGCACACAGAGAUGUGGAGAGGUACUCUGAUAAGUAUCACAGCAACGAGCAGACAGACGGUCUGCUGGACUGGACUCCAGACUGGAAGAGAUUCCCCAGAGAGCUCCGAGUCCACGUCAGGAAACCUCGCAGAGACGGCGUCUCGGUGGCGGUCAGUCGCUCUGACAGAGUUCAGCCUGGUCUGAAGAAGAAACAAGUCAAAGAGAAAGAGGAAGUUCUGCUCAAUCUGGAGACUCUGGAGAAAAAGGAGGAGCAGCAGAGUUCAGAUGAAGAGGAGGGAGAAGAGAAGAAGAAACAGGAGGAAGAGGAGGCUGAGGGAGAGGAGGAGUACGAUGAGGAAGAGUUUGAGGAGGAGACGGACUACAUCAUGUCGUACUUCGAUAACGGAGAGGAGUUCGGAGGAGACAGUGACGACAACAUGGACGAGGCUAUUUACUGAGACACACACACACACACACUCCCUCUCUUUUUUAUUAUGCAGUGUUUAAUAACUGUUUACUGCAGGUGAGACCAGGUGGUCUGUGUCCACGGUCCCUGCAGACGAACCGUCCAGCAGCUGUUUGACAUUUGGUUUUAAAGACUUUUAUAGUGAAGGUGGAGUCUGUUUCCUGUGGUGGCGUUGAACCUGCACUGAUGUACCUGUGCUCUGCUGAUGAGUUUUUAACCUUUUGUACCAGAGUUUUAUUGUUCUGAACUUGUUCUGUUUGGCUGUUGGACAAAUAAACGGCAGCUACACGAGGAGUUAAACAGGUUUAUAAAGACCUGAUGUAUGAACUGAUCCAGACUGUAGAGGACUGAAGUGGCCUGCAGGUGGCGCAGCUGUGAGAGUUUAACCCACAGAAGAAAACCACAUUCAGAUCCAGGAGACAAUAAACAGACUGGUAAUUAAACACAGCAGCUGAUCAAUCAAGCAAUCGAUAAAAGAAUCUCUUAAGAUGCUGCAUUUGUGGAAGAUGUUUUCAUAUGUUGUAGAGAAUCAUUUCUAUUAAAUGUUAAAACAUGA